GAUGCUCAGAAUGCGGCGAGUCCUCUCGGUGGAGCCCUUCUGGAACCGAGGCGCUACCUGGAGACCAGUAGAAAGCUGUGUGGUGUUAACCUCGGUCAGCAUGUAUCGGAAGCUGCAGGACCCUCAACCCAAGUUGCCGCUCAGCCUGGAGCUGGAUGAUGGGAGCAGUGGUGAGGCAGGUCAGUGGGGCGAAGCCAGCUCACCAACAGAACCCGUGUCCCGUGAGCUGAGUUUCUUGCCUGUGAGUGGGAGGCUCGUCAAAUCCGAAUCGGAGGAUUCUGGAGUGGAGAUGGCCAGCAACGAUCAGUCUCCUUCUACCCCACUGGGCUCUGAUAAGAGCUUCUCCUUGGAUUGUCUGGACGGAUUCCAGCCUUCAGGGGGAGACUCCCCUCCUCUUCCCUCCCAUGAGAGUAGCCCCAAAACAGAUGGGCUGGAGGACUCCAGUGCUGGUCAAGAUCGGGCUUACCGCCGGAAUCUCUCCGUCAGCAAGAAAUUAGCCCAGGUGGUCCAGCGAUCACAGAAGCACCGCCUGCCUGGCCGCUCCCCCAGGAUGCUGAACCGAAGGUCCCGGAGCCUGGUGGAUCCAGAGGGGCUCGAUUCCUACCACUUGUGCCGGCCAGCGGGUGUUGAUGGGGUUGUGGGUGCAGCUGCCGGGGAAUUUAGCCAAGCACUUUCUGGCUACAGCAGUCCAGAGGAGGAAAGCAUAGAAGAAGAGGUGCACCGUGAGCCGCCGCUUACCAUGCCUGGACAGGGCCUGCGGUACUUGGAGCACAUCUGUCAGAUGCUGGAGAAAAUUGCUCACUUGCAGCGGGCCAACCUGCAGCUCCAGCAUCAGCAGCAGGUCAUGGAGGAUCGGAUCCGGGCCCAGGAGUUGGAGAAUCAGGAGGGCAUUCCUGAAGUUGCUUUGGAACCUGGCCCUGAGCUGGCGCGAGUAGAACCUCUGCCUGAGGCUUCAGCAGCCCCAGGAGUGCAGGGGGACGGAGAGGAGGAUCCCAGUCCACAAGGCUCUUGGCACCCUCACCACUUUCGGGCACGCUCUGCCUCAGACACACGAGUGUUGUGGAGUCCAGUCCACAACCAGGGAAAAAAGACCGAUUACUCCAGGAAGACAGCCUCUCACUUUGCCAGCUCGCCUAGCUUGAUGGAUCAGCAGGAUGGGGGUGUUCACACCUUGCCACCUGGCAUGAAGUUCAAGAAUGACCACUCAAACUGGGGCAAAGUCAAAGUGCUGAUCAACAGAAUCACAAGAAAGUCUGCACAGGCCAGUGAACCAACCUCUUCUGGUGGACCAGCCCCCAGCAAGCCGUGUGGAGUGGACCUUGUAUUGGGCAAACAGGAGUCGCACCCCAGGCGGCAUUUCCUGCCCACUCUGGGGGCCAAGAAACGCCGGUCGAAACACCUUUCCAUGCGGUGAGCUGCAGCUUCU